CAAACUGAUAAUUUCAUAAUGUUAUGAUUAUUAUCCAUAGAUUCUUUUAAGAUCGUUUUAUCACUAUUGUGCUUUGUGCUACGUAUUGCGUCAAAGCUCACUGAUGUUUCCAUCGUUUUUCAUCGUUCAUUAAAAUUAUAAUCCUCGGUAGCAGUAGUUCAGGCCGAAGAAAUCUUCCAGAUCCUGGUCAACCCAUCCUUAUGAUCGUGGUGUUAUCGCUAACUAGUUACUACUAUAACUAGUACUAGUUAACGUUAACUAGUACUUGAAGUUACAGUACUUUGGAUAAACCUUCAGGGCUCCUAUCAGACUUGAGCCCUGUUAUCGUUAUUGAAUAUUUUUCCAUUUGUUUCCCGCGAUAUCUCCCUCGUUUUCCUCUUUCGUGACUCGCGAGGACUGGGGAUCUAGUUGGGGCUAGAGCAGUUGGAUUUCGCGAAUGUCUAGAACGAAUUCACCUACUCCAGUAAUUGCUAAAGAUCAUAUCCAUUUGGACUUAGCUGUCGAAGACCACAGUCACAGUGGCUCGCUCAGCACAUCCCCCGUUAACAGCUCUUCCCUCCUCCCCUCGCCCCAGCACACCCUCCGUCCGUCCCCCCUACCUUCUCCCCAUCGACGCCGGUCCAUGACCGUGCCCAUCAACAUCGCCGCCCUUCCCUUGACAGCCUCAGGCGGCGACUCCCUGUCCGCCAGUCAGGACAUCUCCCCGGGCAGUUCCCACAAGGACAUUCCCCCCUUCCCCCUGCCAGUGGUCGCGCAGGCACCCAAGAAGCCCAAGCGCUUUAUCGUCUCUAAAAUCAGCGAGGCGUCGUUAAAAGACGGCGGCGGGCUGAUUCUGCCGGAUCGUACGAGUGCGGGCUCGAGUCUAGCGGGCAGUCCGGAAGUGGGACGAGCCCGAUCGCCCCUGGUGGCUGGGGUGGCGGGGGAGGAGCGGGUGGUUAGUCCGUCGUCCAUGGAGGGAUCACUGAUCAGCUUAAAACCACAGGCGAUGCCUGCUAAUGCCCGUCCGGGGUCUCUUGCCUCCGGUGCGACUGAGCGAUUGUCGCGCGGAUCAUCGAAAGAUCAGGCAGAAUUGCCACAGAGUGCUUCCUCGCCGUCAUCUGGUGGUCAACCUGACCAUGAGCCCUACGUUACACUGGGCGUUUGUGCCAUGGCCAAAAAGGCCAAGUCCAAGUAUAUGACAGAAAUACUACGACGCAUAACGCAGGAGUUUGACCAGAUUAAGACACUGGUGUUUGAUGAGCAGCAAAUCUUGCAUGAUCCGGUGGAAAAAUGGCCGGUCGUGGAUGCUCUCAUUUGCUUCCAGUCGGAAAGAUUUCCACUGGACAAAGCCAUCAGCUACGCAGAUUUGCGGAAACCGUUCGUGGUUAAUGAUCUUAAAAUGCAGCACGUUAUUAAAGACAGGCGAAAAGUCUACGAGUUGCUCAAGUCGGAGGGCAUUGAUGUGCCGCGCUACGCUGUGUUGGAUCGGGAAAGCGGAAAUCCGGAUGAUGCGCACAUCGAGGAAUACGACGAUUACGUGGUGGUUAAUGGGGUUACCUUCAAUAAGCCAUUUGUGGAGAAACCCAUUUGUGCUGAUGAUCAUAAUGUGUACAUCUACUAUCCCAUGGCGGCGGGUGGUGGCAGCCAGAGACUCUUUCGCAAGAUUGGAAGCCGUAGCAGUGUAUAUUCAUCGGAGAGUAAAGUCCGGAAAACCGGUUCCUAUAUCUACGAGGAAUUCAUGCCUACCGACGGCACUGACGUCAAAGUGUACACUGUUGGUCCCGAAUACGCGCACGCUGAGGCGCGCAAAUCCCCGGCGCUGGAUGGCGUCGUGGAGCGAGAUAAAGAGGGAAAGGAAAUUCGUUUUCCCGUUAUACUCAAUAACAUUGAGAAAUUAAUUGCCAGACGGGUGUGCAUUGCCUUCAAGCAAACCGUUUGCGGUUUUGAUCUCCUGCGUGCCAGUGGUCGCUCAUAUGUCUGUGAUGUAAACGGGUUCAGCUUUGUAAAGAACUCUAUGAUCUACUACAACGAUUGUGCGAAAAUUGUGGCUAACAAUAUUCUGCGGCGUUUGGCGCCCCAGCUGCACAUCCAGUGGGCGAUGCCGUACCAGCUGGGUGACCCUCCCAUUGUCACUACGACUUUCGGAAAAGAAAUGGAGCUGCGCAGUGUAGUCGCUGUCAUCCGGCACGGUGAUCGUACUCCAAAGCAGAAGAUGAAAAUGGAAAUCCGCCAUCCGGUAUUCUUUGAAGUAUUCGAGAAGUUUGGGGGAAAAUUUGAGACCGAUGGGAGAGAAAUUAAAUUGAAGAAACCCAAUCAGUUACAGGAAAUAUUGGAUAUUGUAAGGAAUCUGUUGGCCAAUCGUGCUGAUGAGCCUGAAGUCAGGGAUAAACGGCUGAAAUUGGAGCAGCUGAAGGCUGUACUGGAAAUGUAUGGGCAUUUCAGUGGGAUCAACAGGAAAAUACAGAUUAAGUAUCAGCUCAUAGACCGCACCGACUCGCCCUGUCGAUCUGAAGCUCCUGUGAUAAUCGACCCCGAAACCAGCAUCCCUCCUGGAAGCCUAGUUUUGAUUAUGAAGUGGGGCGGUGAACUGACUCCUCUCGGAAAAUACCAGUCUGAGCAGCUGGGGCAGAUGUUUCGUUGCAUGUACCCUGGAUCGGGUGAAUUUUCCCGAAAAAAAGGUCAUGGAUUGCUCCGUUUACAUAGUACAUUUCGUCAUGAUCUCAAAAUUUAUGCAUCGGACGAAGGACGAGUGCAAACCACAGCUGCGGCAUUUGCCAAGGGAUUCUUGGCACUGGAAGGCGAAUUGACACCCAUCUUGGUGCAGAUGGUGAAAUCUGCUGACACAAACGGUCUACUUGAUAAUGAUUUGGAUGCACGUGAGCAUGAGAACGCGGUAGAUUUUACUCCACUGCUGGGCCGGUCGUAUACCGCUUAUUGCUGUGCUUAUAGCGUUAAAAAACGGCUGAAAGCCAUUAUGAAACAGGAUCGUGAUUUUACGGAUGAAGACUGUGAAAUUUUAAAUCCCACGAACUCUCUGGCGAUUAAAGCGUCCAUGGACGUCAUUAAGAAUCCCGUGAAAGCCUGCGAACAGAUGCAUGAAAGCAUCAAAGAACUAAAUGCGUUCAUUCGGGAAAAAGCCGCUAAUUUGGAUAGCGACGUUCCCACGCUGUACAGCGGUGAGAGUUGGGAUUUAAUUCAGCGUCGUUGGGGAAAGUUGGAGAAAGACUUCCGGUUGAAGGAUGGUAGUUUCGACAUAACCAAGAUCCCGGAUAUCUACGACUGCAUCAAAUUUGAUAUUCAUCACAAUCAGUGGAUUAGUCGGUCGGCCAAUGCCAAGCAGCUGUUCAGUCUGGGUCGCAAUUUAGCCAACAUCGUUGUGCCGCUAGAGUACGGGAUCACGGCCAAAGAAAAGUUGGCGAUUGCGCAGGGAGUUGCGACUCCGCUGCUGAAAAAGAUCAGGGCCGAUCUGCAGCGUGUCAUUGACUACCAGGAUGACCCGGAGAACAUCAAUCGCUUACAUCCGAGGUUUUCACAGAAUGUUGCCUCACCUGGUCGGUUGGUCCGCAGUCGACUGUAUUUUACCAGCGAAAGCCAUAUACAUUCGUUGAUGAAUAUGCUGCGGUUUGGCGGGCUUAUCGGGGGAAAUGACGAACAGUGGAGUCGCGCCAUGAAAUAUAUUUCGACGGUGUCCGAGUUCAAUUUCCUCACGCAGAUUGUCAUUAUGAUGUACGAAGAUCCUAACAAGGAGCUGCGUUCCGAAGAACGCUUCCAUAUUGAAAUCCACUUCAGCCCGGGAAUGAUGCUGCGCAAUGAGGAUGUGGAAGAUACGGAGGGUCCGGGAUUUCGUACCGUCGGAAGUGUCGGUAAAGUCAGCAAAUCGGCAUCGAAUGAGUCGAUCGACUUUUUGGUUACUAAAGCCAGCACCACUACCUUGAAAAAUGAACCUAAUGAUCUACCGUCCUUACCGAAGAAAAUCAAUUCAAGCUUUGCGACGUCUAUGUCUCAUUUGGCCGAUGGAUGGUUGGAUAACUUGGAUUCGAAUUCCACCAUAAAUUUCCCCAAAACUCGCUAUGAUCGGUCGACAUUCACCAAAAUCAGCGACAGUGGUGUAAUUAUGAAUCGGGUAUUUAGUACGGCAGUAAUCAAAGGUGUCAGCUCCGCGUCGAGCUUGGAUAAAGUGGAUGAUAAAACAGACAAAAAGGAUGGCGAUCAGUGCUUGCAUGUGCCGAACGUGCACUCACUGGAAACACUGCACAACGCUUUGCAUUUCCAUGAACUGGACAUGUUCCUGCAAACAGUAACGGAAUCGUCCUCCAAACAGACAUCCGCAGUGACAUCGCCAAUUCAUACACCUGAUCAGCAUCCGCUAUUGUCGUCCUUAUCCCACGAACAGGAUGACACCUCCCAUAAUCGUUUCUGGACCCAUCAGGAGUCCUUCAACGCCGACGUGUUAAAUCAGGAGAAUCAGUUUUCGGCGAUGAACAGUCUGGCCAGCAGCGCCGUGACGAGUCCGUACAUGAACGGACCAGUGGGCUUCUUCACCACGGCCAUCGGGCAUUCGGACAACGUGCUGACAACGAAGCACAACAACAUCAGCGAGAGUAAUCCGGAUCAUUUGAAAGCGGGGGAUAAUGCCGGCGACAGGAGUUUCAAUUCGUCUAGUCCACGGAUUGAUUCGCUGGUAAUGUCGCCGAUCAAGGAGGCGAAUCAGGGGAUGGGUGCGGGCCCGGGCGGCGGCUGCGACGAAGAGACGGCGCUGCCCCCGCGGAAACUCAGUUUUAGUGCAAAUCCUUGAUGCCGCAUGGCUGCAGAUUAUUAUUUUGUGAUAAUUUGGUUAGUGAGAUUUCACCAUUUAAGGUUGUGUUUGUUCGUUUCCUUUCAGUCUCUUUUGAGAUGACUAUUUAUUUAUUGUGUGCGUUUUUUAUUUUAUUUUAUUUUUUGUGUUCAUUUUGGAACCUCUGUUAAACAGGAAAAUGUGCGAGAAACUGAAUAAGAAGGCUUCGACGCUUCGAAGUUUGCUGUGUGUUGAUUAAAACCAGAUAAUGCA